AGGGACGCUUUUCUAGGAAAACCAGAACACAGCUCUAUUCUAAUCGCAUUUUUAAAACCCACUUUGACGCCCACUGAGGGAUUUUUGCCCCCGGUGCGUAUAGCAUUCACCUGAGAAAGUGCUGUCCUGGAUGCAGACUGAGCGGAUUGCGGCAAUCAAAGUGUCCUGGAUGAUCGGAGCUCAGCAGCAGCAGCAGCAGCAGCAUCACAUUGUAUGAAAUACGUCACCACGAUCCAGUUUUCCCAUUUACACAUAUCGUCUCUCCACUCACGGACUGUUCCCCUUACUGACUAUUUCACCAGGUAACCACAUGCGCGGGCCGGUGUCACCGCGCUGAGCCCGGAGAGCACGAAGGGUACUGGGGUCAGAGAGACAAAAGUGGACCGGGAAGGUGGACCGGAUGACAGCCAGAACCUCUGAGGCCUCGGGACUGUCGGUGCCGCUGCACCGCUGUAACGGGGUUCUCCAGGCCAACAACGGCACCUGCGCGGAGCAGCUCAGCCUCUUUCCGCCGUUCUCCUCCACCCUCGCGCUCCUCGUGCUGGUGGCCGUGCUCGUGGGGAUCAUCCUCGUUUCCCUGGCAACGUUCCACUUCCACAAGAGGAAGCUCCGGAAUAGGAAGAUCCAGCGCGCGCAGGAGGAAUACGAGCGCGACAGUCGCAGCCCCGCGCGCGCCGGGGCGAGCGGGGAGCCCGCGAGGCCGUGCGUCAUCGUCCGACCGGUGAGAUGUGAGGAGAAGCUCUCGUGCCAGAGCACGGACAGCGGGGACGUCACCGCAGCGGCUGAGGACAAACAGGCGCUGCACGAGACGGUUCCCCUUGACUGUUAACUUAGUGCAACUUCAGGGAAUGAGACUGUGGAAUUAACAGGAAAAGCAAUAAGGCACAAAGAACUCCCACACCCAUCUCUGCUGCUUGUAGACUUAGAAACAGCAGGAAAAAAUAAAUGCAGAAUACUCAGCAGAACAGUAGGCCUAGAGGUAACACUAGUACUACAUUGGCAAAUACCAGACGGGUGACAAAUUAAAGGAAAAACCUGAACAAAUGAGUGGAGAAACACAACAAAUGUAGAUGCUUCCACACAGGUGCACUGCAUGGUACAAGUAAGCAAUUCACAUCCAAUCAAGCUCUGUGGCAUGUAUAAAAAUGCUGAGCAGACACAGUUGAUUCUGAUUUUGUAUCAAGAUGACAAGAGGUAAAGAUCUAAGUGACUUUGAAAGAGGGUUUAUUGUUGGGGCAAGGAUGGCAGGAGCUUCAGUCACAAAGACUGCUCAACUGGCCAGUGUUUCAAUCGGAACAGUGACUAAAGUGACAUCUGCAUUUAGCUCUUUGGGAAAGACAUCAGUAAGUAGGGUUGGAAAUUGUGGUCGACAGCGCACAUUUGAUGACCGUGAUGCACGUGCAUUAGUGCGAUAUGUAAGGAAAAACAGAACAGCAACUCUUCCUCAGGUGACCGAGAUUGUCAAUGCAGGACGUGGUCAGACUGUGUCAGCAAGAACAGUCCGUCGACAGUUGCAUAGAGAGGGAUAUAGUAAGAUUGCAGUGCAGAAACCCCUCAUUACAAAGACGAAUGCACAUUUGAGAGUUCAGUGGUGCAAAAACCAUCAGCACUGGUCUGUAGAGAUGUGGAAAAAAGUGAUAUGGUCAGAUGAGUCAUUCUUCACCAUAUUCUCCACAGGUGGGCGAGUGAAUGAGUGGCAUACACCAAGAGAAAGGUACAGGCCAGAAUUCUUGACCCCUUUAGAGGGGAGAUCCGGUGGCUCUCUUAUGAUGUGGGGGGCAUUUUGCUGGCAUGGUUUGGGUCCACUUGUCACCUUAGAGGGAAGGGUCAAUGAAAAUCAAUACAAAGUUGUUCUGAGUGAUCACCUUUAUCCUAUGAUGAAACAUUUCUAUCCUGAUGGGAGUGGUCUCUUCCAGGUUGACAAUGCCAUUCAUAGGGCACAAGAGGUCACUGAAUGGUUUGAGGAGCAUGAAAAUGAUGUGAAUCAUAUGCCAUGGCCUCCACAGUCACCAG